UUGAUUUACUGUCGUUUCCUCCAUCCAUUUUCAUUCCCAUUCUUUGUCUGAUUGUGUUGGCUUUCACGGGGCCAUAGAUUUUGCUUGUGGUUCCUAUUUCUCCCCCCGCCUUUGCUUCCCCCUUUCUCCCUCACUGCAAAUUUUGCUGCAUUUCCUUUCCCCUUUCUCCUGUCUGCUCUCUUUUGCUUCUUUGAACAGGUUUGUCCCUUUUCCUCACUGAUUCUUCCAUGGCAUUAACUGCAACCAAGGUUUCAAGCAGCCCAGUUGUCACCAGUAAGGCAACUGUAUUUAAUUCUUAUGGAACUUUUUCUUCUUUAUCCAAGUCAACAGAACAUGAAAAAUUAAAUCCGUCAAGCUGUAGAGUUGACAUUGGGGAGCUCCAUGGAUGUCUCUUGGCAGCAAAGGUUAAAGUUUCUAGUCUUGGGCGGCGGAACUCAUAUGGAAAACCUKUGUGCUUUACCCUGCCCCGAAAACCUGCAGUAUUAUGUUUCUCAACAGGAACUCAUCAAACAGAAACAAAAGAAUGUGCUAGGCCUAAUGAUAGUUCUGCAGGUUUAAGAUGUGCCCAAACUGGAGACGAUGAAGAUGAGCAGCCAACUGUGCCUAGAAGGACCAUUAAGUCCAACCAAGGAAUAUCUGAAGCCUGUCGAUUUGCAUACAAUGAUGCGAAGUUUGUAAAUGAAAGGGCUCACAAUGAUAUUGUWUUGCUUUCUCGUGGCAUAAUGAGGCUGGAUGCACGUGCACGUAAAGAUGUUGCUAUCCUUGGAUCCAAGUUUCUUAAGCUUGACGCUCGAGCUAGAGAAGAUACAGAAACAAUUGACCGUAAAGUGAAGAAAAAAGCUGAGCGACUUCAACGCAUUGCUACAACCUUGAGAGAAAAGGCUCACUCUAGACUAAAAAGUGCUGCUGAUGAGCAUUGGAGUGAUGGAGCCUUAGAGGCUGAUUUGCGGUUGGCCGAUUUCCGUGCUAAACAGCGGGCAAUGGAAGAUGCCCUGAUGGCUUUGGAGUUUGUCAAAAAUAUUCAUGACAUGAUGGUGAGAAAGAUGUAUAAAUUUCCUCUGGCAAACGAAACGGGUUUUCCAACUGCCAAUGACAUGAUGGGGCGUAUAAAACUAGAAAAAAAUGGAAAGAGCCUAGAUUUUUUAACUGGUGAACUACCAACUGAUCGCAUUUCUGCAAUUCAGGAGAUUUAUUGGAGUAUGGCCUCUGCCCUCUCUGAAGCUGAUGGAAUUGAUUAUACUGAUCCAGAAGAGCUCGAGCUGUUGAUUAGAACUCUUAUAGAUCUUGAUGCAAUGGAUGGCAAAAGCAGUGUAUCUCUACUUGCAGAAUGUUCCAGCUCUCCAGACGAAAAUACUAGACAAGCAUUGGCCAAUGCUCUGGCAGCAGCCCCAUCCAUGUGGACUCUUGGAAAUGCAGGCAUGGGAGCAUUGCAGAGACUUGCAGAGGACAGUAACCCAGCAAUUGCUUCUGCAGCGUCCAGCGCCAUUAAAGAACUGAAGACACAGUGGGAAAUAGAAGAAGGAGAUAGCUGGAGCUUCACACUCAACCAGAAGGCCACCAUGGAAGCUGAUGAUGAUGAUUCAAAUCCAUUUUGAGAAGAAAUCCUUAUUAGGAAGAACAAUCUUUAACUGUAGAUAGCUAAAUAAAUUGAAGGGCAUAGGGAAAGAAAAACCCUAAUCAUUACAAUGUGAUUGGUGGCUGGUGUAAAAGAGGAAACUGAGYCAUUUCAUCUCAUGGGAUUUCUCUUGUUCUUAUAAAAAAAAUAAGGAAAUAGUUUAUUUUUUCUUUUUUAAUCA